AUGGUCAGCACAAGUCGGCCCAGGACGCCUUCGGCAUCAACUGGUGGAACUUCUCCUCCAGACAAGCUGGCGCCAAUACAAGAAGCUGGGAAAUCGCAUCCUCCACGUCGCUCCAGUUUGGGUCUUUUGCUACGUCGCACAAAGUCAAUUGAGUUCAAGGGAAACAAGAAGCAACAAGCUCUGCGAGAGCAGGAACUCCAACGUCAACGCGAAGCAGCCGCAGUCCCCAAGAACCCGCCGCGCCUUCCCAACCUCUACAACGGUGCAGCUGCUCCGAAAUUCGACAACUUUGGAGGCGACGAAAAUACUCGACCAGACUCUGUUGCGAUUGCGACUGGAAAGGCAGGUCAAUACGGCAGACGCUCAAUGGAGCCCGGUCGUUCAUCAACCGCCACUGGCAGUGUGCCAAUACCCCCAAUUCCGAACAACAGCAGGAAUGGCGACUGGGUGGAUCCAUACGCUCGUACUGAAAGUAUGACCCACCGUGGUCGGUACAGUUACGCUAGCAGCGCUGUGAGCACCAUCAACAGUCCUCGCAGAGUUAGGAGACGAAAGGAUCCAACUCCAUUCAAUAUCCUGAUCAUUGGCUCCCGCUCAUCCGGCAAGACUUCAUUCCUCAACUUCCUCAAGACCUCCCUAGCACUUCCAGCUAAAAAGAGAAGCGCCCGCCCCACCGGAUCUGAAGAUGUCUUUGCCCCACAAAGCCAAAAGUCGGGAAACUUCAUAUCACAUUACCUCGAGACUGAGAUUGAUGGAGAACGAAUUGGUCUUACCUUGUGGGAUUCGGAAGGAUUGCAAAAGAAUGUUGUUGAUCUACAACUCCGCGAGAUGUCUUCUUUCCUGGAAUCCAAAUUCGAAGAGACCUUUACAGAAGAGAUGAAGGUCGUGCGAGCUCCAGGAGUCCAAGACACUCAUAUCCACUGCGCCUUCCUUAUUCUCGACCCUGUUCGAAUUGACCAGAAUAUUGCAGCUUCGCAAGCAAGCACGUUGAAUGGAACCGGUGCAAAUGGCAAAUACAACUCCCCUCGCGUGAUUGGUGGUCUGGAUGAAGAUCUCGAUCUGCAAGUACUGCGCACACUACAAGGCAAGACAACAGUUGUUCCAGUAGUUUCCAAGGCGGAUACAAUCACAACCGCUCAUAUGGCAUUCCUCAAGAAGACCAUCUGGGAGAGCAUGCGGAAAGCCAAUCUUGACCCUCUUGAGGCGCUCGGUUUGGAUGAGGUUGAGAGCGAGGCUAGCCCGAUAGAAUCCACCCGUAUUGAAGAAGGUGACGAGGAGGCCUCUGACAAGGACUCUGAGACUGAAGAAAAGGACACUGCAGAAGAGGUAGUCCCAGCUUCCCCAACCCCUGAGCCAUCCUCCCCUGGCUCGAAGCGCAUGUCAUCAGGUUCUGUUCGCCGUCAUAAGCGCAAUGAUAGCGGGUCGUCUGCUCCUGAAGUAUCAUCAUAUCUCCCUCUCUCGAUCAUCAGUCCAGAUAUCUACGAACCAGGUGUUAUUGGUCGGAAAUUCCCCUGGGGAUUUGCUGAUCCAAUGAAUGCCGAGCAUUGCGAUUUCGUUCGAUUGAAGGAAUCAGUAUUCAGCGAGUGGCGUGGAGAACUCCGCGAAGCAAGCCGAGAGCUGUGGUAUGAAGGAUGGAGAACCAGCCGACUUAAGCCUCGUGAUGCCAAACCUGCACCAAGACGAUGA